AUGGAUUCAUUUUACAACAAGAUAGAAGCACGUGAUCUGCUUGAGGCCGUCAUAGAUGCAAGGACGACGAAGGGUGCAAAGGUUGUACAACUGGCAUACUUUAAUAUGGUCAAUGGAAUGUCAGAUUUCUGCUCGGUAGCGGAGGUGGACAAACCAAGAUGUUGGAAGCUUACAAAGACCAACAUUGAGGACAACAGCCAAGAAGAAGUUGUACUACGCAUACAGGGUAUUGUUUGCAAUGCAAGUCUUCCACCUGUGAAACGACCAUUUAAAAUAGAGCCAAAGCAGCGAAGAUAUAUGAAGCAAUCAUUAGCUUUGACGGGACUCGAGGGAACCAAAUUUUCCACCGUGAUUGAAAACAUUUACGACGUACAACACAUUUUUGAGAGAUCGCUACCCCACAACACCAUGGAAGCAUGGGUUCCCAGUUACUAUGAAACAUUUGAAGCAUUGGAUAUGGGCAACCGCUAUUUCACAGACCGGCGUGAUAUAAACGGUGACACUCCUAUUUCCUUUGGCACUGAAAUCGACCCACACGAUAUACUUACCAAUGCAUUGUCCAAUGAAUUUGUUCAUCUCCAAGAAAAUAAGGUUGAAUAUUAUGAAGCGCAACAAGGAACUGAUAAUGUUAUACGAUACUAUGAAAUCAACCCAAUGAAGAUACGUCCAGGAGAUGUUGUAGAAGUGCAAGUAUCUUUUGUUGCAAUACCACUUAAGCAACAAAGAUACAAACUACUGGUGGUGCUACGAGCUAUCACUCUACUAGAUUGCAGUCCACUACGAGUAAGCCAACAUUCAGCCAAAGUACGCAAUGCUAACAGAAAACAGAAUGCAAAUAUUGCACGUCGCAUGAGCAGAGGUGCUGAACCCCGUCGAGCCAGCCAAUCGCUGAAGAGAAAGAUUGGUUAUGAAGAGGAUGAAGAGCAUGAUGCUGGGGAGAAAUUGAGCAAGAUGCGCCUGGACUGA